GACUUAGCCGCCAUUGUUUCUAUCAGCUGAUUGACAAAUUGAUGCAUGCACUGAUAUUCGAAAGAUAGGACAGUAGCAGCCUAGCCAACUUGAAAACAUUAUUAGUAAUAACCAUUUUCUUCCCUCUGGCAAGGCUUCGGUCAAUUACCACACAGUUAAAUUAGCAAUAGAGUUGUUCCAGUUCUAAACUGCGGCCAGUGUGAAUUCCUCGAAAGACGAAAUCGAUUUUUGGCUUGUCAGACCGAGGAGUUUCCCAUUCAAAAUAUCUGCCGACCUCACGCUUAUGGCGUAACUAGGGUGUGAUUGAUGUUUGUGCACUGCUAGUCCUCUGCGCGAAACGAAAAAGAGGACUUCAUGAAAAACUUGAGUACGCCGGUAGCGCGCGUAUAUCUACUGUAACAAGUUUUAAGCUAUCACCUAAAAUGUUUAUUGUAGGUCUGACCGGCGGCAUUGCUACUGGCAAAUCGACAGUGGCUCAAGUUUUCGUUGAACAUGGUAUUCCUGUGAUAGAUGCUGAUGUCAUGGCACGAAAAGUCGUGGAGCCGGGAAGAAAAGCGUGGCACAAGAUUAAAGCAGUUUUUGGAAGUGAAGUCUUUCACCCAGAUGGCACACUGAAUCGUGAAGCUCUAGGUGAAGUCAUUUUUGAGAAUGUGGAAAAGAGGAGACAGUUGAAUGAAAUCACCCAUCCAGAAAUUCACAAGGAAAUGUUUUGGGCUGCAGUUAAAUGUUUAUUUCAAGGUCACCAGUUCAUUGUGCUGGACCUCCCACUGCUGUUUGAGGCUGGCACCAUGAUUGACUACCUGCACAAGAUUAUCGUCGUUACCUGUGAGGAGGACCUGCAGCUGCAGCGCCUGAUGGAGCGUGGACAGAUGUCGGAGGCGCGGGCCAAGCGCCGCAUUGCUGCCCAGAUGCCGCUCGAGGACAAGUGCCGGCGUGCACACUUUGUCGUCGACAACUCCGGCUCCGAGAGGGACACUCGUGAAGAGGUGGUGCGCAUCAUAAACACGCUGCGCGCCUCGCGUGCUCACUGGCGCCUGCGCCUGCUGCUCAUCCUCGGGGCCACGGCGGGUGUCGCGGGCGCCGCCCUCGCUGCCUGGUGGUGGUGGUUUGCCGCGGGCUCGGCGCACCGCGGAGGUCGCUCUGCCGGCCGGCCCGGUGUCCUGGAGCCGCUCAGGAGGUAGUGCGGAGCACGGUACGGGAGUUCGCCACGUCGGGAUGCGGCAGUCUGGAGGCACUCCGAUCGCUCCUUUCGAGAGGACUGACGGGGUGAAACGCCUCCCGCGUGCCGGCGAGAAGUGCCAUUCUGUGAGGUAGUUUGGACUUGUGCCAGUGUCUGCUGCAGAGUUUCGGGAGCUGUUUCUCGUAGUUGUACGGGUUUCAUUCCGUAAACCUUGCUAUUAGCGCGCGUGUGUGUGUUUGAGCGACAGUGAUUCUUAGAGAAACACCAGUUUGUGUCAUUUCUGACUCCUUAGGUCAUCCGUACACCCACUCUUACAGUGUGUAUCUGUUGUGACUGUACGUGUUUAUGCUUUAAGUUGUACAGAACCCACUACUCUGCAUUGUAUUAUUCUGCUCAUUUAUUGUGGAAACCGAGGCAGGCACAUUAUUGAGAUAAUUGUUCUUGUAAACAACAGACAGUGUAUCUAAAUAAACAAUGUUUGUUUCCA